CAAUGGCGAAACAUAAUUCAUACCCACUUCUCCCUCUCCCAUUUUCCUGUUUCCCACAGUUUCCAUCUCUCCAAUUUCUUCCGUUCUCCUUAUGUUCGAACGACAAUUUUAAGAAAUUCAUAGGAUUUUUGUUGAAGGCUGGAAAUGAUCAGAAGGAAGUUGGCAUCCAGAUGCGGAGUCCUGUUUGUGUGGAUACUCAUUCUGAGUUUUCCGCGGCGGAUUGUUGGCGUAGACGAUAAAAAUGGUACCGCUAAAAACAGUCCGGCUGGAGUUGAGAUGUUAAAUAAUAUGCUUUACUCUCGGUUCUCAAAUUUCACCUCCAUUUUCAAGGAUGAUAUUUCCAAGAAUCUCGGUUUCUGCAUCACCGACGUGGAUGCUGAUUGGAAUGACGCAUUUAAUUUCUCAAAAAACACAGCUUUUUUGUCCGAUUGUGCCAGAAAAACUCAAGGGGAUAUGAUGCAGCGUAUGUGCACAGCAGCAGAGAUAAAAUUAUACUUUGAGAUAUUCACUGCGGCGGCUAGUAGUGGGUCAAUGGGGACCAGUUUUUUGAGGCCUAACAAGAAUUGUAAUUUGACCUCGUGGGUUUCUGGUUGUGAGCCAGGAUGGGCAUGUAGUGUUGGUAAAGACCAGAAGAUUGAUAUGAAAAAUUCAACCUUCAUUCCUGCCAGGACCCAGACGUGUGCACCAUGUUGUGAGGGUUUUUUCUGCCCUCGUGGUAUUACUUGCAUGAUACCAUGCCCAUUAGGUUCUUACUGCCCACUUGCAGAACUUAAUAAAACUAGUGGGAUAUGUGAACCAUACAGUUAUCAGUUACCUCCUGACAAUCCAGACCAUAAGUGUGGAGGAGCUGAUAUGUGGGCUGACAUUGAAAGUAGUGCUCUUAUUCAUAGAAUCUGUUGGGUUGUCAUCAGAAAACAUUACUGCAGGACAGGUUCAACUGCUGAACAAAAGUGUUUCAGGCUGGCAACUUGUGUUCCAAAGUCAGCAAAUCAAAAUAUUACUGCAUAUGGCAUCCUAAGUUUUGCUGGUUUGACUUUCCUGCUCAUCAUUAUAUACAACUGUUCAGACCAAGUUCUUGCAACUCGAGAGAGAAGGCAAGCAAAAUCCAGAGAAAGGGCUGUUCAGAGUGUAAGAGAAACACAAACGCGUGAAAAAUGGAAAUCCGCAAAAGAUAUUGCUAAGAAGUCUGCGGUUGGGCUACAAGCAUCAUUAUCACGUACAUUUUCAAAGGUCAAAUCUCAAAGGCAACCAGACACUCUGAGAGGUCUAGGUCAAGCUAAACCUGGAACAGAUGCUGCCUUACCCCCUAUGGCUUCAGGGUCAUCCCAGCAAACAACAAAGGGAAAGAAAAAGGAUAAAGGCAAUCUCACAACGAUGUUACAUGAGAUGGAAGAUGACCCUGAUAGUCAUGGAGGCUUCAAUAUAGAAAUUGGGGACAAAAAUGUUAAGAAACAUGCCCCAAAGGGUAAGUAUUUACAUACUCAGAGCCAGAUGUUCAGGUAUGCUUAUGGCCAAAUAGAGAAAGAGAAGGCUAUGCAGGAGCAGAACAAGAACUUAAGUUUCUCUGGUAUAAUUUCAAUGGCUAAUGAUGUUGAAAUAAGGAAGAGACUAAUGAUUGAGGUUGCUUUUAAAGAUUUAACUAUCACUUUGAAAGGGAAAAACAAACAUCUAAUGAGGUCUGUGACUGGGAAAUUAUUUCCUGGUCGAGUUUCUGCUGUUAUGGGUCCUUCUGGGGCUGGGAAAACAACAUUUCUUUCCGCAUUAACUGGGAAAGCGGCAGGUUGCACCAUGAGUGGCAUGGUUCUCAUAAAUGGAAAGAAUGAGCCAAUACAGGCAUACAAGAAAGUAAUUGGUUUUGUUCCACAAGACGAUAUUGUGCAUGGAAACUUGACAGUGGAGGAGAAUCUCUGGUUCAGUGCAAGAUGCAGGCUGGCUGCUGAUUUGCCACAACCUGAAAAAGUUCUAGUUGUAGAAAGAGUCGUUGAGUCUUUGGGGCUGCAGCCAGUGAGGGAUUCUCUAGUUGGGACAGUGGAGAAGCGAGGAAUAUCUGGGGGUCAGAGAAAACGAGUAAAUGUUGGGCUGGAAAUGGUCAUGGAACCUUCACUUUUGAUAUUGGAUGAACCAACAUCUGGCUUGGACAGUUCUUCUUCCCAGUUACUACUAAGAGCUCUUCGACGUGAAGCUAUUGAAGGGGUAAACAUAUGCAUGGUCAUUCACCAGCCAAGCUACACCUUGUUCAGGAUGUUUGAUGAUUUGAUACUUCUAGCGAAGGGUGGUCUUACUGUAUACCAUGGACCUGUAAAGAAAGUUGAGGAGUACUUUGCCAGCAUUGGAAUUACUGUCCCAGAACGUAUUAAUCCUCCUGACUACUUCAUUGACAUUUUGGAGGGCAUGGUAAAACUGCCUGCAAGCGCAGGGAUCACUCAUCAACAACUUCCUGUUAGAUGGAUGCUUCAUAAUGGAUACCCUGUUCCGAUGGAUAUGCUAAAUAGUGUUGAAGGAGUGGCAUCGUCCUCAUCUGCUGAAAAUUCGGCUCACAGAGGAACUGCUCCUGAUGCUGGAUCUCAAGGAGAGUCUUUUGCUGGUGACUUUUGGCAGGAGAUGAAGUGUAGUGUUGAGACAAAGAAGGACCACAUACAGUUACAUUUCUUGAAGUCUGGUGACUUAUCACAAAGGGUAACCCCGGGCGUGUUGAAGCAGUACAGAUACUACCUUGGAAGGGUUGGUAAGCAGCGGCUACGAGAAGCUAGGACUCAAGCUAUGGAUUACCUGAUUUUAUUGCUUGCUGGAAUUUGCUUAGGAACACUCGCUAAAGUGAGCGACGAAACAUUUGGAGCACUGGGUUAUACGUAUACUGUCAUUGCUGUUUCUCUCCUAUCCAAGAUUGCAGCUUUGAGAUCCUUUUCUCUGGAUAAGCUGCACUACUGGAGAGAACGCUCUUCUGGUAUGAGCAGUCUGGCUAACUUCCUUGCAAAGGAUACAAUUGACCACCUAAACACAAUCAUCAAACCACUGGUCUAUCUUUCAAUGUUUUACUUCUUCAACAACCCAAGAUCGUCUGUGGAAGAUAAUUAUUAUGUUUUGAUCUGUCUGGUCUACUGUGUGACGGGAAUAGCAUACAUCUUAGCCAUUGUUUUUGAACCUGGUCCAGCUCAAUUGUGGUCAGUGAUUCUGCCAGUUGUUUUGACUCUGAUAGCAACUCAUGCUGACAAGGAUGACCCCGUUAGCAAGAUAGCUGACUUGAGCUAUACUAAGUGGGCUUUGGAAGCAUUUGUGGUAUCAAAUGCUAAAAGAUAUUCAGGAGUGUGGCUGAUAACAAGAUGUGGUUCUCUCUGGAAAAAUGGGUAUGAUCUUAAGCAUUUUGGUCGUUGUCUAGGCUUCCUCAUACUUACUGGUGUCCUCAGCCGUGCGUUUGCCUUCUUUUACAUGGUAACCUUCAUGAGGAAAUAGAUCCAGCCUUCAAUACUUGUAUGCUAAUUUCCCCAUUCGUUUCUGUACAAAAAUGGAAACGUUCAAUCCCAAGAAAUCCUGCUUCAGAAUACCUUAUAGCUUAUAGGAAUGACAAACUCCGGGUAAAAUGCUUGUUGAUUGUAAAUUAGGAAGAAAAAUAGCUGCAUUUCGGAAAAAAGUCAAGAGUAAGAAUCUGACAUGCGUCAAGUUUUUUGUUGGUGGGUAAGUACAGCAAACCAGUCCUACAUAUUAUAGGUAGCUCUUGAUAGGAAUGCAUUAUGCAACAUUGUAACGUUUACGUUACUGAUUCAUCUGUUUAUGUAUAAGAACUUGUACAGCCCAUUGUCAACAAUACUUAAUCAAGGAUUUCGAAUUUA